AUGGUUAGGGGGUUUUUACGCAACAAUAAAUCCCUUGUUGAUUCAACUUGCGAAUCUACAGUGUCUCUGGGAAACCGAGCCAAAUAUUCCUUCACACUCCUUGUCGCUUCAUGCGAUGGAAAUCUCCGCCUGGAUGGGCCACUUGGCUCGAGCACAGACUUUACCCACAAACAAUAUCAGCUGAAACAUUGUCUACUUUCUCAACAUACAGAGUAUAUGUUAGACGUGAAAAUUAUUUUGACUGGUGAAAAACCAGCGAGGUACGAGAAUUCCAUAAUCAUCAUGAACCACAGAUGCCGUUUGGAUUGGAUGUUCUUCUGGUGCGUGAUGGCGCGAUCUGGCGAGUUAGCGCUGAGAAAUGAGAAGAUCAUGAUGAAAAGAGAAUUGAAAUAUAUUCCUGGCCCAGGUGAGUAAAUAAAUGUCGUGAUUAUUAGAACUCUUAUAAGCCUUUGCCAGUAACUCGUUCCAAUUUGUUUUUCUUUUGCAAGAGAGAUGCACGCGGGUAAAUAUAGGAAGAGGGAGAAAGAGGAGUACACUGAGUAUUAAAGGGGCUAUGUAACAUUGUGAGUUUGACUCUUAUCGCCGUCAAAUCGCUAUUGUUCUCCGUAGUAAACGACAAGAAGCAGCGCGCGCUGCUGUUAGAGCCAAAUGUUUGGUCACGUACCGUCGUGUAGGAUGAUUUUUGCUCCAAUCGUUUCCUGUGAGUUUCAAAGAUACAUUUCAAGGCUUCUCUAGUUGAAAACAAAGUCUGCAUUAUUAGCAAAUCAACAGAACACAAACAUAAUACCUUUAUUCGUAGUUAUUCUGGAAAGAAAUACAACAGUCCAGUACAUCACGAUCACCGGAAACCAAUAGAUGUGCUCAAUGCGAGUUACAUCUUAGACCUUUUGGUGGUCGCAUCAUUCUAGGUUUGAACAGAUGGUAUGAAACUCGACGGCAAAGGCUACUAACAGCUUGUUGGUGGCACUAGUCUCUCUGUUCUCAGUGUGCAUGGGCAAGUCGUGACGUAGCUCCCUUGAUCCCUCGUAUCUAAAAUGUUUCUACUUAUUUUCAGGGUGGGCCAUGCAGAAUGUGCUCUAUAUUUUUUUGUAUCGACGGUGGGAGAAGGACGAGGGCUACCUGAAUUCGUUACUCAGAUAUUUUGUGAGUUCACCGGAUAAAUUACAUCUUUUUAUGUUUCCCGAGGGUACUAACUUCGAAGAGAUAACAAAAACCUGGAGUGAUAAUUAUGCCAAGAAGAAUGACCUUCCGCUUUACGACUAUGUUUUGCAUCCUCGCGUGCGUGGAUUCACUCACUGCGUAGAAAAACUUCGACAAGGGAAUAAAAUAGAUGCUAUUUACGAUGUGACGGUGGGUUAUUCUGAAAAUUAUUGCUUCGAGGAACUAGAUAUAAUAAAAGGAAAGAUACCAGAUGAAAUUCACUUUCACAUUCAGAGAUUUUCCAUCGAUGAACUGCCGGUUGAUUCGCAAGGUCUCGACCAUUGGUGCAGCAAACGAUGGAGAGAAAAAGAAGAGAGACUAUCAACAUUUUACAGCCAAGAUGAAAAACAUUUUACUCCCGUUGUUGAGGAGGAAGCAGUGAGAGUUUUCUACAAGUUUGAGUUAGUUUUUUGGGUGCUUUUAAGUAGUUUCGUUUGUCUUCUUUUGGCCGCGUCGUCAGUGUUGAGAUGGUGCUUACUUUUUUUCGGAAUUGUGUUUUUUGUUCUAACUCUAUGUGGUGGAACAGACAAAAUAUUUCUGAAUGCGCAAACGGCGCCUCUAGAUGCUUCUGAAAGCUAACUAUUGUACGUUUUUCGAUAUAGAGGGGUGUCGUGAGAGAACAAAUGGUAUCAAUGAACACUCCUGUGAGCUGCUUGAAAUGUGUUUCCUCGCAAGUUGGGUAACAAUUUAAAAGUAAUUCUUUGUAAUUUAAGAAAUCAUUUCAACAAGUAUAUUCUCAGCCUAAAGUUGGCACCAAAACUAAGUGAAUAUUCGGUGCGUUAAAAAAUCAAAGAAAGAGAACCCCGAUGGUGGCGAAGUGAAAAAAUAGUCGAGUCGAAUACUGCAUGUGCCUACUGAUGUAGAAAAAUUUUAUGGCAUUGAAAUGAAUAAAAGGUUGUAUAAUGACGCUAGAAGGUAUUGUUCCG